UAUUAACAAAUGAGGGCGCUUUUUAUGUAGGCUGGAUUUUUGGCUUGUCCAAACUCGUCUGCUGCAUGUCAAUCUUGUCUGUGUUGUGGCUUCUCAACUGCUUCCCUUUUUGAGAAUGUGGCAUAUUUCGUGAAGAAUUUUUGGCCUUACAGGUGUCGUCAGUUCCUACACAUAUCGCUCUUUCAAUUCACCAGACCCCUGCAACAAUGUCUGAUGGGGACGAUGCACCUUCAACGUCUACUGCGGCUGCUGUGACUACCACAGGUGCAGUGACUGUGGCCAGUCGCAUUCCGUUUGCCGAGCUGGCUGGCUUCUUGGAGAAGGUCCAGAAGAAGCACAGAGCCGAGGGCAAGAAACAGAUGUUCCGGGAGUUUCUGGACAAAUGGCGGGAGUUUCACAAGAUGCUCCACAAGAACGAUGCGGAUACGAAAGACAACUUCUACCCAGUCAUGCGGCUUCUGCUGCCCCAGCUUGAGAGAGAAAGGGUUGCAUAUGGGAUUAAGGAGCAUACCUUGGCCAAGCUGUACAUUGAGAUCCUAGGCCUGGCUAAAGAGAGCACAGAUGCCAAGAAACUGCUCAAUUACAGAGCCCCUACUGCAAAACAGGAAGCAGGGGACUUUGCCAGUGUUGCAUUCUUUGUCCUUAGAAACAGAUGUCCAGAAAAAGGAAGUUUGAGCAUUCAGGAUGUCAACACCUGCCUGGACGGCAUAGCGGCUAACAACGCCGCCAAGAAGAAAGACCUGGUCAAAAAGAAUCUGAUGCACCUGCUGAGGAACACCAGCGCACUGGAGCAGAAAUGGCUGGUCAGAAUGAUCAUGAAGGAUAUGAAGUCUGGGCUGAGCCAGGUAUCAUUAUUCCACAUGUUCCAUCCCGAUGCGGAAGACUUUUUCAACGUCACAAACAACUUGUCCAAGCUGUGUGCUGACUUGAGGGACCCCGGUGUGCGAAUGAACGAAGUAGGGAUCAGCGUCUUCUCAGCAUUCAGCCCCAUGCUUGGCAUGAGAGCAAAUCUCACCCAGGUUGAGAGACUGAUGGAGCACAAACCCUUCUUCAUUGAGACUAAGCUGGAUGGAGAAAGAAUGCAGCUACACAAGGAAGGAGCUGAUUACAAGUACUUCUCAAGAAGAUCACAUGACUACUCACGAUCAUUUGGUGAGACUCCGCACGACGGCAGCUUGACUCCCUACAUUGCAAACUGCUUCAAAAGGGAUGUACGUAACUGUAUCUUGGAUGGGGAGAUGCUUGCCUAUAACCCAGACACCAAGAUAUUCAUGACAAAGGGGGAGAAUUUUGACAUCAAGACCAUGAAAGAUGACGAAGAUCUUCAGGUCUGCUACUGCGUGUUUGACAUUCUGCUGUACAAUGACAAGAAACUGGCCAACCUCCCACUGCACGAGCGAGUCGAAUACAUCAAGGA